AUGGCCGUGUUUGUGGAUCUGGGCGAGGAUGACAGCGAGUCUCCUCAAGACAACCAGCCGAUGUGGAACGGCGUGGUUGACGCCGUCAAGCCGGUGCCGAUACCGGCGGCAAGCUUAGGCCUUCCCGGUGACGGAGGCGUCGGUACCGGCAAUGUCGCGUGGAAUACACAGGAGGAGGCUCAUGGGAUCGCGGCCAGGGAGAAUCCGAACCAGAACUCCAUGACGCAGGCUUUAGGAUGCUAUCCAUUUAGUCCUGCCAAGGCAAACAUUGCUGACUCGAUGACCAGCAUCGUCAUGUCGGUAGCCGCUUCGAUUGAUCUCAACACCCUCGAUAGCCUGUCGCGGACCUGCCGCCAGAUUCGUCAAGGGCUGCUGCAGUACCGCACAAUGCUGCUUGUCUCGACCAUGCAUUGCAUCAAUGAGCAUGUCCCCGUCGACCCGGAAGACACAUUCCGGUACCGAGCCCGUGCCAGCAACUGGUAUUACAUGCAGGAUUUAGCCAGGUCGAGCUACAAUGGCAAGUCCGGCCAGUGCGCUCGGGAUCUAGUGGCCGGGUGCCGUCGGUGCGGCAUCGUCGUCUGCAGAAACUGUGCUAUCAAACCCCCUGCACCUAUCGUCAUACGAGACCGUCACCGGCGUCUCUGCGGGCCAUGCGUGGCAGCACCAGUCGGCUCGCUCGUCAAACCGCGGCUCGGGCCAGAGAUUCGGAUUGAUUCGGACGACAUGGAACGGGCGAUCUGCGGGUGCGGUUCUGGGGGCGUCUGGCUCUGCCAGCCCUGUGGGAGGUCCAUCCGUGGCGAUGAUUCUGAGUACAAGGGGAUCUGGAGAUGGCGCAGCCAAUACACCGAAGUCCUCGGCGGGCUUGGCACCGGCAUAGGCGAAGGCGACCGCGGCGUCAUCUGCGGACGUGAGACGGAGUGCUGCGUGGCCCGGGAACGCGAGCAGGAGAUGGACGGUGACGCCGAGGACGCGCGCGACGCUGAGUACUUCCAGCAGGCCGCAACAACCCCGCCCAGCGGGCCCAGCAGCAGCACCUCUUCCCUGGGGCCUUGGACGGCGACCAUGAACGGGGCCGGCGGUAGCUCGGCCAGCCUCAGCAGCCUAGUCAGCUCAUCAGGCGCGUCGGUUCAGGACAGGCGGACGCCUAGUCCGGCACUGAAACCCGGAUAUGAGCGGCACGAGGUGGAGGGGAUCGGCGGGGUCAUGAAGAAUAUGCGGGUGCGGAUGGUGAAGGUGGGCGCGUGCGUGCCCGAGUGGGAGGACGAGCGGGCGAGGGGAGAGAUCCUAGGGCGUGAGGUGCAGGGGAAGCGGCGGAGUUGGUGUGGUUGGUGUCGGAGGGUUAUUCCGUCGAACAAAGACUACGAGAUGGAUAGGCAGGCGGACAGAAAGGGGAAAGGGAAAGUGAAGGGGGAUGAGAGUUGA